ACGCGCGCACUCCCUGUCGACGACCCGUGAAGCUUUGAUGAUACACAGAGAGUUUUUUUUCAUCGAGGGUUUGAAGAAUUCUGCCUAAAAUUGUAGUAAUAAUGUGUUGUGCGCGUGUGAUGGAUAUGUAAACUACUACGUCAUGCUGUGAAAGAGGUAGCUAAAAUACAGCGCUGGUACAGCUCUCAGAGAAGCGAGUGUUAAAACUUCGAAAUGUCGAAGCAGACGGAGCGACAAAGUUACGCACAGACAUACAAGCUCGUUGUCGUAGGGGGUGGUGGAGUUGGGAAAUCCGCGAUAACUAUACAAUUCAUUCAGAGUUACUUUGUCACAGAUUAUGACCCAACAAUUGAAGACUCGUACACAAAACAGUGUGUUAUUGAUGACCAACCAGCGAAACUUGACAUCCUUGAUACAGCUGGCCAAGAAGAAUUUAGUGCCAUGAGGGAACAAUACAUGAGAUCUGGUGAAGGUUUCCUUCUUGUAUUUGCUGUGACAGAUAAAGCAAGUUUUGAUGAGAUAUAUAAAUUCCACAAACAGAUAUUGAGAGUGAAGGACAGAGAAGAAUUUCCAAUGCUGAUGGUGGGAAACAAGGCUGACCUAGAGCAUCAGCGUGUGGUUAGUGUUGCUGACGCUCAUGCUCUGGCAAGUCAGCUGAAAAUUCCGUACAUAGAAUGCAGUGCUAAACUGCGCACAAAUGUUGACCAAGCUUUUCACGAGCUGGUACGAAUAGUGCGCAAGUUCCAGCUUUCAGAAAGGCCUCCUCUUAAGGCUAACUACAAGAAGAAUAAAAAAAAAUGCUCAAUCUUGUAACACAAGCAGUAAUUUCAUCAGAGUUUUCAUGGCUGUUCGCACACAAAUCACGCAUCUUUUGUAUGUUAUAUGCUUUAAAACUGAAGUUAAAAAUGUGUUGUUUCUCUUUAUAUUCUUCCAUUUCAGUGAACUGCUGAUGUGGCAUUUUUUAAGUGCAAAGUUGCGCACAAGUUGUCUUCACAUUCUUAAUGUUUGAUGGAGCUAAAUUCUAGGUUAUAUCAGUUGCUAAUAAACUGAAUGUGUAUUGUAUAUUUCAGUGCACUUCUUUUAAAUUUAAGGUAGAUGCAUACUUUUUAUUUUGUGUUGAUGUAGAACAAGUGAGCACAGACAAAACACCACUGACUGCUCUGUCAUAAUUGUUUGAAACAAUUCUUCUGCUACAUGUUUAUGAGCUGGUUUAUGUUGAAUGCUCAGAUUGCAGAUUUUAAAUCAUAUGUUACACAGAGUUUGUUAAUCUGAGAUGGAAGAAUGACAGGAGACAUGUGUAAGUUUAUCAGUAAAGUAUACAGUCACCACGAUUGAAUAAUUAUAAAUAUAAUAAUGCAAUAGUAAUGCUGAUAAUAAACUGCAAAUUGAUGUCACUUUAUGCAAAGUGCCGCUGCUUGGAAAUCUUUAUUACUGAGGAACUUUGUAGUUAUGUUCAUUGCAAAUAAGCGUUUUAUUUGCUUACAUCCUGAAUUUACACACUUAGAAAGAUGAAGAAAAGCUACAAUUCCUGUGAUUGUAAUUUGGAAAAUAACUAAUUUUCAGCUGAAGCUGGUUUUAGGUAAUAACUCAAUAACAUUAAUAUUGGUGACAGAUAAAUUACCUAAUGUUGUAUUAUUGUGCUCCAGAUAUCUGUAAAAGUCUAACAGUACUACAGAAAAUGCUAUGUGAAGGAAACUAAAAAUUUAAAUGAUAUUUGUAUGAUUAAUGAUGAAUACUUAGUUUUACCAUAUAAAAUGGAAAUGACUGUAAGAAAUUACAAAAUUAAUAAUAACACAAAGCUGCUUUGAAGCCAAAAUCAUGAACCCUGCAAUUACGGAAGUGCUCAUCACUUUACAGUGUGAAAUAGUAUAUCUCCUGGUCUCUGUUAUUCAGACUCUACUGUCAAAUUUACUCAGAGCAAUUAUUUUCAUCACCUCUGACCGCAGAAGUGUACAUACAGGAUAGGAAGCUGCCACUUCCAGAAUGUUGCCAGUCAAUUAUGUUAGCUAUGCUGUUGCCAAUUUCAUUUUAUUAUGCUCUUUAUAUGCCAAAAGUUUUGCAGACCGUGUCAUCAAAACUAAACAAAAAGAAAACUGUGCUGCAUGUGCAGCUUUUAUUUGAUGAUUUGUGUAUAAUCUGUGUAUCCUCUAUACAAUAAAUGUUAUACUCUGAAAAACGUUUCUUUAUGUAUGGUAGGAACAUAUUUCAGUGGUCACAAAUAGAGUGAUAACAGGCACGGUCUGAGAAAAUCUGUGAAUUUGUUACACGUAAUUAGAAUUAGUCUUAAUCAGAUGGUAAAGUCUUCUUCAGUUCGAACAUAUACUAUUUUCUUUCUUAUUUUUUGCACUGAUCAAUUAUUGCAGUCACUAUUAUGCUGUGUGCUAGCAUAAAGUGCCUAUGUCUUGAAAGUUGGUGACAAAAGGUGAAACAUGUUAUACCCGUUUUAUAUUUAUGACCCAUUAUGUGCACAAGAGAGACAUGAAAUUAUUGCCAUUUACAAUAUUUGUAUUUGUUUAAAUUGUUUUUCUUACUUUUUGAUCUCUCUCUCUCUCUCUCUCUCUCUCUCU